AUGUGGAGACGGUUGCUGAGGGUGCCGGCCAGAGCCAUGUCCGGCGGGGAAGCGGUCCCCGCGCCCUACCGCCAGCGCCCGCCGAAAGAUCCGUUGCGGCACCUGCGCUCGCGGGAGAAGCGCCUCGGGGCCACGGGCGCAGAGGGGCGCAGAGGGGCCGCCACCGUCUUCGUGCAAGUGGUGGCGGCGGGGACGCGAGAUGCGGGAGCCGCCCUCUACGUGUUCUCCGAGUAUAACCGGUAUCUGUUUAACUGUGGAGAAGGAAUGCAGCGCCUUAUGCAAGAGCACAAGUUAAAAGUAGCUCGCUUAGACAAUAUCUUCCUCACCAGAAUGAACUGGGCAAAUGUUGGUGGUUUGUCUGGAAUGAUCCUUACCUUAAGGGACAUGGGGGUUCCAAAGUGUGUGCUUUCUGGACCGCCACAACUGCAAAACUACCUGGAGGCAAUCAAAGUAUUUUCUGGGCAAUUAAAAGGCAUAGACUUGGCUGUGCGGCCCCAUUCUGAUCCAGAAUAUCAGGAUGAAACAAUGGCUGUCUAUCAGGUUCCCCUGGUAGGCAAAAAGCCAGCAGAUGAGCAAAUGCUACCUCCGAGCUCUCCAUCGUCAGUAGAUGGGGCUGAUCAAGAGCAUAUCUCAGGACCGGGAUCUCCCUCUAAGGAGCAGCAAGGCCUAAAAGACGACAGGAGUAAAGAAUCCCCUGAUAAAAUGGAUGGAAGUUUGAGAAUUGGUGAAAGGGACCCAUCUCUUGUGGUUGCAUUUAUUUGUAAGCUCCAUCCAAAGAAAGGGAAUUUCUUGGUGCUCAAAGCAAAGGAGCUGGGCUUGCCUGUUGGUACGGCAGCAAUUGCUCCCAUAAUAGCAGCAGUGAAGGAUGGAAAGAGCAUAACGUUUGAAGGCAGAGAGAUCUUGGCAGAAGAGAUUUGUACCCCCACAGACCCAGGUGCAGUCUUCAUCAUAUUGGAGUGUCCUCAUGAAGGUUUUAUAGAUGCAAUCUGUGAAAACACCACACUGCAAGGAUAUCAAGACGAGAAUCCUGUGGCUUUAGUCGUUCAUAUAACGCCAGAACCUAUUCUGCGGGACAGUCGGUAUAAGAAGUGGCUGGAAAGAUUUGGACCAAACACUCAGCACUUGAUACUCAACGAGAAUUGCCACUCAGUGCACAAUCUCCGCAGCCACAAGAUUCAAACACAGCUCAACCUCAUCCAUCCAGAGAUCUUUCCAAUGCUCACCAACUACCAAAGCAAGGAAGAAGAGGCCAUGUUCAGCGUGCCUGUUACACGAGGAGAGUGCCUUCUCAAAUACCAGUUGAGGCCCAAACCGGAAUGGCAGAGGGAGGGUAUUACUGCUUGUAAUUCUGCUGAAUUUGUAGCUGAAGCCUUGGAGCUCCCUGACUUCCAGGAUUGUGUGCAGAAGUGCAAAGAGAGCUUACCCGUCCAAUCAAUUGUAUCAGCAAACAUGAAGUGCUACCCAGAAGUUGUAUUCUUAGGGACCGGCUCUGCAAUCCCAAUGAAAAUCCGGAAUGUUAGCUCCACUCUGAUAAACAUUAGCUCUACCCAGUCUCUGCUUCUGGAUUGUGGAGAAGGAACAUUUGGCCAGCUCUGCCGCCAUUAUGGAGAUGAAAUUGACAAAAUACUGUGUAACAUUGCAGCUGUUUUUGUGUCUCAUAUACAUGCUGAUCAUCACACGGGCUUGCUGAAUAUCUUGUUACAGAGACGUCGUGCAUUUAUGACCCUGGGUCAACCCUCUAGCCCACUGAUACUGAUCACACCGACACUAGUCAUGACAUGGCUGCACCAAUAUCAUGAUCACUGCCAAGAGUUCUUGGGGCACAUCAAUGUGAUUCCUGCCCAGUUCUUAAUGGAAGGGUGUGAUGUCUUUAAACCUAAAGUGAAGGCAUUCAUAAGUUUGCUUAUGGAGAAAUAUGACUUUGCAAAGUUUCAGACAUGCAGGGUCCGGCACUGUAAGAAUGCCUUUGCUUGCUCGGUGAUCCACAAAUCAGGAUGGAAAAUAGUUUAUUCUGGUGACACUAUGCCCUGUGAGUCUUUAGUUGAAAUGGGAAAAAAUGCUUCUCUGUUGGUUCAUGAAGCAACACUGGAGGAUGGCUUGGAAGAGGAAGCUAUAGAGAAGACACACAGCACCACCUCCCAGGCAAUUGAGGUUGGGAUGAAGAUGAACGCGGAGUUUAUUAUGCUCAAUCACUUCAGCCAACGUUAUGCUAAAAUCCCUCUGUUCAGUGAGGAUUUCAGUAAGAAAGUUGGAAUCGCAUUUGAUCACAUGGAGGUGCGCUUUAGUGAUUUUGCCACUAUUCCAAAACUGAUCCUGCCCUUGAAAGCCUUGUUUGCGGGUGAUAUUGAGGAGAUGGAAGAGCGGAGGGAGAAACGAGAGCUGCGUCUUCUGCAGGAGGCAAUAAAAGCUUCUCAGACUCUUGGUGAGAAGAAGGCACCAGCCAAAAUGAAAUUGGACCACACGGAGGAUUCUCCUGGAGCACCAAACAAAAAACUCAAAACUGCCAAUUGAGCAAAGCAGCAAAUUGUUGCCUUUGUGCCUUUCUACAAGGGAGAGUGGCUGAUGCAUGAUGCAUGAUGUGCACAGUACUGAAGGUUCUAGGAAGCAUCUGCACAUCCGAGCUUGGCCAAACGGUUGCCCUUCUGGUAAAUUACCUGUGCUGCUUCUACAAGUGGAAGUCCUACUGGACAUAUUGGCUGCCCAGGUAGCAAAAUGUGCUUUCUGGCUGCAAUAACCGAAAACAUGGUCUAACCCGAUGGAAAUAGUUUAUGUAUUUCCUUCUAGAAUCUCAGGCAAGAGAGUCAAAAGUAUGAUUUAGACCAAGGGAAAUCAGGCCACUUCAACAGGUGGGGAUAGGAUCUCCACAAUAAGUGAUGCUGCUUCUUAGGUAGGGACUCCCUAAAUCUUCAUUGAUUUUUAGGGGAUGAGUAUUUCAUAAUACAAGAGGAUGUGUUGUGUUGUAACCAUGCAUGCCUCAAGUCAAUACUGGAUAUCUAGGAACCUAAGAUGAAUAUUCCAGUAUUCCUCCCUAUUUUGGUAUUUGCAGCAUAAUGCUGUAGGUCCUCCUUACAUACUAUAUAUGUAAUUCAGGGAAGCAGUAAAUAGAAUUUACUAAAUAUGUACAUUGUGCACAUGUCCCACCCUACUGAAUCAGUUUUAUCACUGCAAGGCAAAAGAUUUUAGAACUGCUAACCUACAUUCCUGCCUUCCUAAUUUAUUACAAAGUCAAUCAUAUUUUAUCAUAUUAUCCUGGGUUAGGAAACCUGCAGACUUCCAGGUAUUGGGACUCCAAUUCCUCUCAUGUCCUGCUGUCAUGAUUAGUGGUCAAGGAUGAUGGGACUUGUAGUCCAAGGGCGCUCCUGGAUGGAGCUCUUAUUGUGCAGUUGUCCUGCUUCAGACACAGGGCUGGUUCACAUGAUCGAACAGCCCAAGCCACGGUAGGCUGUGGUAUGUGCGUGUGGCCAUUUUGAACAUUCAAGCCACAAUUGCAGCUUGUCGUGUCCGAACCCAGUGGACGCUGGAUUGUGUGAGGGUUGCCUUGCAGAACUCGUGGCCUGUUUUAGGGUUAUGCGAGGGUUGUUUAACCAUUGUAAAACCCACCCCCACCAUGAACAGAUGUUCAUGGAACUGCACCAUGACAAGCUGCAGUUGCAGCUUGAAUAUUCAAAAACUGCCUGGCACUCUCACAACCCACCACAGUGGGCUGUGAUGAUCAUGCGAACCAGGUCAGAAUGUUACAGGAAGUCCAGAUGAUAUCUUUCAUUUGUAAAUCUCCUGUGUAUUCCCACCACUGCUUUUGUCAUCUUUCUUACCACAAACAAAUCUUUUAGGGAGGGAAAGACAGAAUAGCAGUGCAGUGUAUUUUGAUUGGUAGCCUUAGGAGCUGUCUGUCUGGAAACACCCCACCGAUACCUGGAGGACUACGGGUUCUCCGCCCCUGCAUUAUGUCUUUCCCCUUAGCUAGGAUAGGAAAUUUUUACAGGUGCCAUGUUUAGAUGCAUCUCCUUUGACUUGCACCAGACAUGUAGUCAUGGCAGCAUUUCUGUAAAACCCUUGCAGGCGGAAGCCUCAUGGCUGGUCAACCAUUUUAGUAAGGGAGCGGGCAUUGCUGGUUGUUCUGUGGUAAGGAAAAGGUCACAAGAACGUAACAUCUGUUCUUAUGCACCAAACUUGGAUUUUUAUGGGGAGAGAGGGCUUAUAAAGAGCAGCCAGGAAUUUCUGGGAGGUCAGAAAUGAGGCUGAGGCGUUGCUUCUCUUAUUAAUGCAGCCUCACAAUCACUGCAGUUGGGGUGUGGGGAAGAGCUAGUCUGCUGCUACAGAUGUCAUCUCCCUGCACUAACUGUGUACAUGUACAACAGAUGUAGCAUGUCCCUUAAGCAGAACAUAGGAGCAGCUGAGAUGUGCUGUGUGAAAGAUGUUCCUGGUUUGCUAAGGCAAAUUGCAGCUAAGAGAGAAUUCGAAAAAAGCUGCUGUAGCUGAUUGGAGUUAAGAGGAAAUCCCUGUUCUUCCUGUAAUGCCAUUCUGAUUCUAAAAGAAAUAAAAAGAUUUUCCUUCAUUCUAA